GCGGACGCCAACAUGUCUUUCCGCGGCGGCGGGCGAGGAGGCUUUAAUCGAGGGGCUGGAGGCGGCGGCUACGGUCGCGGCGGCAGCAACAACCACUUCCGAGGCGGCGGCGGCAGCUUCCGAGGCGGCGGCCCGAGGGGGUUCGGGCGAGGCGGCGGCCGCGGGGGCUUCAACAAAGGCCAAGACCUGGGGCCUCCGGAACGUGUGGUUUUAUUAGGAGAGUUCAUGCAUCCCUGUGAAGACGAUAUAGUUUGUAAAUGUACCACAGAAGAAAAUAAGGUGCCUUAUUUCAACGCUCCAGUUUAUUUAGAAAACAAAGAGCAAAUUGGAAAAGUGGAUGAAAUCUUUGGACAACUUAGAGAUUUUUAUUUUUCAGUUAAGUUAUCAGAAAACAUGAAGGCGUCUUCCUUUAAAAAACUACAGAAGUUUUAUAUAGACCCGUAUAAGCUGCUGCCGCUGCAGAGGUUUCUACCUCGACCUCCAGGCGAGAAGGGACCCCCAAGAGGUGGUGGCAGGGGAGGUCGAGGAGGAGGAGGAAGAGGCGGUGGCGGAAGAGGAGGUGGUGUCAGAGGCGGGCGAGGCGGUGGUUUUAGAGGUGGAAGAGGAGGUGGAGGCUUCAGAGGAGGAAGAGGAGGUGGUGGUUUCAGAGGGAGAGGACAUUAAAUGUAAUGACGGAGAAACCUCUCUAGUUGACGUCUGCGUUUACCUGCAUCAUCUGCUUCCAUGGAUUGGAAACUUGUUUCUUGAGCAAGCCUUGAAGAGUGGUCACUUGAUGACAGUGGAACUAAAAUACCAGUGUCAUGCAAAGUGAAUGCAACGGAUUGGCGAUUUUGCUCUAAAAGAACAUGAACAAGUAUUUUAGUAUUUUAUACAUUCGGGAGCUCUGGGUGUUUAAUAAUAAAUGGACAGUUUUCAUUUGAAGCAUAUUUGAAUUUUUAAAAUAAAAUGUUUAUUCCUAUUUAGAGCUGUGCUUAUUAAUAAAUCAGAAACAACUUAAGUUUAAACGCAGUGGAUUGCAGACAGAAAAGCUGGUUUGUUGACACAUGUAACUCAUCUUCAGAAAAUAGGCUAUUGGAGCACUUCUUUGACAUUCUUUAUAAAUCAGCACCGCCUUUCAGAGUGCCUCCUGUAAGAACAUCAGCACCCUUUAUGUUGACAAUCACUUUCUCACAGAAGGAAGUGUUGUGAUUUUACAAAGUGGAAAGGGAGGCUCUUUGAUU